AUGCGUUUGGAAGUUGUGAACCUGUCUGAUUGGGAAAGGGUUGGAGAGUGCCUGGGGAAGAACUGGAAACAACAGACAUCUUUAGCAUCCCAGGGGAUGCCGCCGUACCGCCCCUCCGGCGGGACCCGCGGUGUCGUCCACGCACCCCGAGCCCCUCCAGGCGAGAGGCUACCUCAGGUGAUGGCGGACGAGACGGGGGGGGGCCUAGAACCGCCACGCGCCCGUCGCCCGACCUCGCCGCUGGCCGCGGACCUGCCGGAGGCCAUCCAGUGGGAGCUGGAGGCUGUGAGUGCCCAGGCGGACUGGCCCUACCUGCGGCUGGAGCGCAGGUUUGGACGCAUGCGCCGUCUGCACUUGGUACGUAGGCGCUUCAUCAUCCAGAAUAUUUCUGGCUUCUGGGUCACUGCCUUUCUGAACCACCCGCAUCUGUCAGACAUGAUCAGUCCUCGUGAUGAAGACGUGCCCUGGUACUUGGUGAAUUUGGAGGUGAGGGAGCUCAGGCAUGCCAGGACGCGCUGCAGUUUCAAGUUUUGGAACCAUCCCUUCUUCUGGAACAAGGUGUUCGUGAAGGAGUAUGAGUGCAGAUCCUCAGGACCGGUGGUGUCAGUUGCAAGUCUCAUCCGAUGGCACCAGGGCCAAGAACCCCCUGUUCUGGUACACAGGAACUGGGACACUAUUCGCAGCUUCUUCAGCGGGUUCUCACAGAACAACCUCCCAGAGGCUGACAAGGUUGCCCAGAUUAUAGAGGACUUGUGGCCCCAACUCCUGCAGUACUACCUACUGGGGGAA